AGCUGACCUCUGUCUUCCUCCCUAUCUCUCCGCUCACAUUUCUAGUGCAAUAGCCGUUCGACACAGAUUUUUUCCAGAUUUUUCUCUCCUUCUUUCACGGCCUCUUCUGCUUACAUUGCAAAUAUAUGUGCUAGAUUUCGUCCUGUCCAUGGCAUUUUCCUGAAUGGAAAUGGCGGCAACUUCUAGGGCUGUAGGCACGCUGUUCAAGCCUGAAGCAAGGAGAGCCGAUACCUUGCCUCUUUCUGGAUUAUCAGAAUUUCGGUGGACGAAGCGGAGGUUUAUUGGCAGAGAUCUGUGGGGCGUCAGGUGCUGUUGUCCAGACUCUGUGGUGCCAAUUAGGCGAAAUUCCGGGCCUGGUAAGAGUACGGAGAAGGGUGAGGAGUCGCGGAUCGAUCCGAGGAAGAUUAACCGACUUCGUCUUCAUGGUUCACCUGCAAUGACCUUUGUUUCUCCUCAAUCUUGUUUUGUUUCAAAACCUGAAAAGUUCUUCCCCCGUUGCACACCCAGAAAUUCUGGCCCUCAAUCUCGUGAUAGUCCACCAAAGCGAGAUACAGGUAUUGCAAACGAGAAGGAUUGGGGAAUUGAUUUGUUAAACGAAAAUAUUAAAGAAUCUGGCAUUAAUGAGGAUAGCAGUACUUGGUUUCGAGAAAGUGGAGAAGACCUAGGAGAAAAUGGUUACAGAUGCAGAUGGGCAAGGAUGGGUGGUAGAAACCAUGAUGGCACCUCUGAAUGGAAAGAAACGUGGUGGGAGAAAAGUGAUUGGAGUGGAUACAAGGAGCUAGGUGUAGAGAAAUCCGGAAAAAAUGUUGAAGGGGAUUCAUGGUGGGAAACCUGGCGUGAAGUUCUUCACCAAGAUGAGUGGAGGUUUUCUCUUGCCAUUGUUAUUUAUUUUGGAGUAUAUGUUCUUUUUGUUGCAUAAAGGUAAUACUCCCUCUGUCCCAAAAUGAAGUUUACAGACUUCACGGAGUUUAAGAAAUGUAUUGAAAAGUAAAUGUGUGUGGUUGAAAUAUGUUUAGAGGAGAAAAAGGUUACGAGCCACAUAUUAUUAUAUUCCUUAAUGAGAAAGUAGGGAAGUGUAACUUUCAUUUUGGGAUAUCUCAAAGAGGAAAGUGUAAACUUCAAUUUAGGGAUGGAUGGAGUAUAUCAAUUUUAUCACAGCUAACAGUUAUUUUAAUGAUCAGAUUUAAUCUCUUUUCAAAUUGUAGUAAUCUUGCUAGGAUAGAGAGGAGUGCACAAAAACAAGCAAAGUCAGGCACAGAAAAUGCUGGAUGGUAUGAAAAUUGGUGGGAAAAGUAUGAUGCUAAGGGUUGGACGGAGAAAGGUGCUCAUAAGUAUGGCAGAUUAAAUGAACAAUCAUGGUGGGAGAAGUGGGGAGAGCAUUACGAUGGAAGGGGAUCUGUUCUGAAAUGGACAGAUAAGUGGGCAGAGACAGCACUGGGAACAAAAUGGGGUGAUAAAUGGGAAGAAAAGUUCUUUGCAGGCAUUGGGUCACGGCAGGGAGAAACCUGGCAUGUAUCGCCUAGUGGUGACCGUAGGUGCAAUCCUUCCAUGCUAAAUAAUUGGCAAAGUUUAUUCUUAUGGAAAACCUAUUCACAUAUAGCUCAUAAUUUCAUAUUGUAUGCUCACCCUUUCCUACUCUAAAGCUGCACACCAAAUUGUGUUCAGGAAAUGGUUUAGGAUACACUUCGAAGUAAAUCAGAGAUUUUUGUUUAGCUGAGAACCUUCUUGAACAACUUUUUCUGCAGUAACUUAAUGUGAAUAGGGUCUAAUGGAAACCUCUCUGUUUUUUACAAGGGUAAUGUUGCGUGCAUCUUGACCCCCCACCCCAAAGAGUUGGGAUUAUAGUGGGUUUGUUGUUGUAUGGAUUGAUGAUUAUAUAUGGUCUAUUUCCUCAUACUCCCUCCGUCCGAAAAUAAUCUUCCCAUUUCUCCUUUUUCUCCAUCCGGAAAUAAUCUUCCCAUUUCUAUUUUUAAUACACUAACUACCAAAAA